GCCCCUCCCACGGCGGUUGGCCAUAUAGAGGCUGGGGGCGGGGGGAGGUCAAGCGGAGCCUCUUCUCCUUUACCAAGAUGGCGGCCCGUCCCUGCUCCGCCACGGCGCCCACCUUAUGAGCUCGGCUUCCUUGCGCGGACCGGAGCGGAACAGCACAAACUGGCAGGCUGGCACUCACCGCCUGAGGACGGACUCUCUGGCUACUGACCCUUUUGCUGUGGCUCACCCGGAUUGUGUGUAGGCGCGAGAUCCACCAUGAGCUCCGUUGCAGUUUUGACCCAAGAGAGCUUUGCUGAACACCGAAGUGGGCUGGUUCCGCAACAGAUCAAAGUUGCUACUUUAAAUUCGGAAGAGGAGAGCGACCCUCCAACCUACAAAGAUGCCUUUCCUCCGCUCCCAGAGAAAUCAGCUUGCUUGGAGAACGCCCAGGAGCCUGCUGGCGCCUGGAGUAACAAGAUCCGGCCCAUCAAAGCUUCCGUCAUCACUCAGGUGUUCCAUGUACCCCUGGAAGAGAGAAAAUACAAGGACAUGAACCAAUUUGGAGAAGGUGAGCAAGCAAAAAUCUGCCUAGAGAUCAUGCAGAGGACCGGUGCCCACCUGGAGCUGUCUCUCGCCAAAGACCAGGGCCUCUCCAUCAUGGUGUCAGGGAAGCUGGACGCUGUCAUGAAAGCCCGGAAGGACAUUGUCGCUAGGCUGCAGACUCAGGCCUCAGCGACUGUUGCCAUUCCCAAAGAGCACCACCGCUUUGUUAUUGGCAAAAAUGGAGAGAAGCUGCAAGACCUGGAGCUGAAAACUGCAACCAAAAUUCAGAUCCCGCGCCCAGAUGACGCCAGCAAUCAGAUCCGGAUCACCGGCACCAAAGAAGGCAUCGAGAAAGCUCGCCACGAGGUCCUGCUCAUCUCUGCUGAGCAGGACAAACGUGCUGUCGAGAGGCUGGAGGUGGAGAAAGCAUUCCACCCUUUCAUCGCCGGGCCUUAUAACCGACUCGUCGGUGAGAUCAUGCAGGAGACAGGGACACGCAUCAACAUCCCCCCGCCCAGCGUCAACCGGACAGAAAUCGUCUUCACUGGAGAGAAGGAGCAGUUGGCUCAGGCUGUGGCUCGCAUCAAGAAGAUUUAUGAGGAGAAGAAAAAGAAGACCACCACCAUCGCUGUGGAGGUGAAGAAAUCCCAGCACAAGUAUGUCAUCGGGCCCAAAGGCAAUUCGUUACAGGAGAUCCUGGAAAGAACAGGAGUUUCGGUGGAGAUCCCACCCUCAGAUAGCAUCUCGGAGACUGUGAUACUGCGAGGCGAGCCUGAAAAGCUAGGGCAGGCCCUGACUGAAGUCUAUGCCAAGGCCAACAGUUUUACGGUGUCCUCCGUCUCUGCUCCUUCCUGGCUUCACCGAUUCAUCAUUGGCAAGAAAGGGCAGAACCUGGCCAAAAUCACUCAGCAGAUGCCCAAGGUUCACAUUGAGUUCACAGAGGGUGAGGACAAGAUCACCCUGGAAGGCCCCACAGAGGAUGUAAACGUGGCUCAGGAACAGAUCGAAGCCAUGGUCAAAGACUUGAUCAACCGGAUGGACUACGUAGAGAUCAACGUGGACCACAAGUUCCACAGACACCUCAUCGGGAAGAGUGGGGCCAACAUAAACAGAAUCAAAGACCAGUACAAGGUGUCGGUGCGCAUCCCUCCUGACAGUGAGAAGAGCAACCUGAUUCGCAUCGAGGGGGACCCACAGGGUGUGCAGCAGGCCAAGCGGGAGCUGCUGGAGCUCGCCUCUCGAAUGGAAAACGAGCGCACCAAGGACCUGAUCAUUGAGCAGAGAUUCCAUCGCACAAUCAUUGGGCAGAAGGGUGAACGGAUCCGUGAAAUUCGUGACAAAUUCCCAGAGGUUAUCAUCAACUUUCCAGACCCAGCACAAAAAAGUGAUAUUGUUCAACUCAGAGGGCCCAAGAAUGAGGUGGAAAAAUGCACAAAAUACAUGCAGAAGAUGGUGGCAGAUCUGGUGGAAAAUAGCUAUUCAAUUUCUGUUCCGAUCUUCAAACAAUUUCACAAGAACAUCAUUGGGAAAGGAGGCGCAAACAUUAAGAAGAUUCGGGAAGAAAGCAACACUAAGAUUGACCUUCCAGCUGAGAACAGCAAUUCAGAGACCAUUAUCAUCACAGGCAAGCGGGCCAACUGUGAGGCCGCCCGGAGCCGCAUCCUGUCCAUCCAAAAAGACCUGGCCAACAUAGCUGAGCUGGAGGUCUCGAUUCCUGCCAAGCUGCAUAACUCCCUCAUCGGCACGAAGGGCCGCUUGAUCCGCUCCAUCAUGGAGGAGUGCGGCGGGGUGCACAUUCACUUCCCUGUGGAGGGCUCGGGAAGUGACACGGUUGUCAUCAGGGGCCCCGCCUCGGACGUGGAGAAGGCCAAGAAGCAGCUCCUGCACCUGGCCGAGGAAAAGCAAACCAAGAGCUUCACCGUUGACAUCCGCGCGAAGCCAGAAUACCACAAGUUCCUCAUUGGCAAAGGGGGCGGCAAGAUCCGCAAGGUACGUGACAACACUGGAGCCCGCAUCAUAUUCCCGACGGCCGAGGACAAGGACCAGGACCUCAUCACCAUCAUAGGGAAGGAGGACGCUGUCAGGGAGGCCCAGAAGGAGCUGGAGGCCCUCAUUCAGAACCUGGACAACGUGGUGGAAGACUGCAUGCUAGUGGACCCCAAGCACCACCGCCAUUUUGUCAUCCGGAGAGGCCAGGUCUUGCGGGAGAUCGCCGAAGAGUAUGGUGGGGUGAUGGUGAGCUUCCCGCGCUCUGGCACACAGAGCGAUAAAGUCACCCUCAAGGGUGCCAAGGACUGUGUGGAGGCGGCCAAGAAGCGCAUCCAGGAGAUCAUUGAGGACCUGGAAGCCCAGGUGACCAUAGAAUGUGCCAUACCCCAGAAGUUUCAUCGCUCUGUCAUGGGGCCCAAAGGUUCCAGAAUCCAGCAGAUUACUCGGGACUAUAAUGUUCAGAUUAAGUUCCCAGACAGAGAGGAGAACCCAGUUCACAGCGUCGAGCCGCCAGUCCAGGAGAACGGUGACGAUGCCGGAGACGGGAGGGAUGCCAAAGAGGCCGACCCUGGCUCCCCUAGGAGGUGCGACAUCAUCAUCAUCUCUGGCCGGAAAGAAAAGUGUGAGGCCGCCAAGGAAGCCCUUGAGGCGCUGGUUCCUGUCACCAUCGAAGUGGAGGUGCCCUUUGACCUUCACCGGUACAUCAUUGGGCAGAAGGGGAGCGGGAUCCGAAAGAUGAUGGACGAGUUCGAGGUGAACAUCCACGUGCCGGCGCCGGAACUGCAGUCCGACAUCAUCGCCAUCACCGGCCUCGCCGCCAAUUUGGACCGGGCCAAGGCUGGGUUGCUGGAGCGCGUGAAGGAGCUGCAGGCCGAGCAGGAAGACCGGGCUUUAAGGAGCUUUAAACUGAGCGUCACGGUGGACCCCAAAUACCAUCCCAAAAUUAUUGGGAGAAAAGGGGCGGUGAUUACGCAGAUCCGCUUGGAGCAUGACGUGAACAUCCAGUUUCCCGAUAAGGACGAUGGGAGCCAGCCCCAGGACCAAAUUACGAUCACAGGGUAUGAAAAGAACACGGAAGCUGCCCGGGACGCCAUUUUGAAAAUUGUGGGUGAACUUGAACAGAUGGUUUCUGAGGACGUCCCGCUGGACCACCGCGUUCACGCCCGCAUCAUUGGCGCCCGCGGCAAAGCCAUCCGCAAGAUCAUGGAUGAGUUCAAGGUGGACAUUCGCUUCCCGCAGACUGGAGCCCCAGACCCCAACUGUGUCACCGUGACGGGGCUCCCAGAGAACGUGGAAGAAGCCAUCGAUCACAUCCUCAACCUAGAGGAGGAAUAUCUGGCCGACGUGGUGGACAGCGAGUCACUGCAGGUGUACAUGAAGCCACCGGCCCACGAGGAGUCCAAGGCACCAUCCAAGGGCUUUGUGGUGCGGGACGCUCCCUGGACCGCUAACAGCAGCGAGAAGGCUCCGGAUAUGAGCAGCUCUGAAGAGUUUCCUAGCUUUGGGGCUCAGGUGGCCCCCAAGACCCUCCCAUGGGGCCCCAAACGAUAAUGAUCAAAAAGCAGAAUUCUCUCCAGCCUGCUGACCCAAACCCCACCACACAUGGUUUGUUUCGAUCCGACCCAGCGGCUGGACCCUCCAUACAUUGACGCUUCCCCCUCCCCGAGGUCUCGCAGUGAAGCCGGGCGCGCCAGCACCGCGCGUGCGCUCAGGAUCUGCUCCCUGGCGCCUUUGCUCUGGGGCGGCUCUCCACUGUUGCGAACACUAGCAGAGGUAAUUGGACAUUUCCCGAUAAGCGUCCUGGCUCAUCCAGCAUGUCAGUAAGGCUCGGGCCUCCACGAUGAGAGCUGCACAGCUGUGGCUGAGUCUACUUCCUGUGUCAUGACCUCAGGAAAUAAAUUUCCUUGACUUUAUAAAAGCCAAAAUGUUUGCCCUCUUCCUUUCCCGCUGCCUUUCCUCCCUCUGCCUGCCGUCCAGACCCUCCUUGUUGAAGGCAGUCCACCUUCCAGCUGCCAAAAAGCCCUCUUAGCGCAGACGCAGGGUGGGGAGGAAGACCAGUGUGCACGCUGGGAGCGCCCACACCCAAAGGAGAGCCGCAGAGGGUGACCCAGGUUCUCGGGCGGUCGUGGCUUUACACGCGUUGGGGCCUGAAAGCACCAAGUGUCUCCGCCCCUGCACCACACGGCACCGGAGACCCCAAGCCUGGUGAGCGACGCCUGGAGGCGGGUCUGCCGUGGCUGCCACGGUGGCCCCGUUGGCCCGAGGGACACGGGGACACGGCGGGGUGGCCCCCAGGGCAGAGGCGCAGCCCCGGCUGCUCCCUCGGGCCCACCCGCACACAUGCCAGGGGGCAGUCCCCUCCCUCCUACCUCAGCCCGCGCGGCGCGGUCCCCAGCACUCCGCCUCUCGGCUUAGCGGUUCUUGCUGGCGGCAGGUCGGCUGCGCGCUGGGGCCCCCGGGCUGCCCUCGGACUCGCGCCCCGUGCCGUGAGCGGCUCCCGGGACGUGGCUCGGAGAGGCAGGCUGCGUGGCCCCGGGGCAGAGAGGUGCCCCGUCGGCGGGGCUGGAGGAGCGGGUGCGGACCUGGGAGGCUCUGCCCUUCGGGGCUGCGCGGCGGGCGAUGGUGGGGUCACACCUGUGCCCCGAGGCCACUGUGUCCACUCAGAGAGGAGAGGCCCGGGCAGCGCCGAGGCGCUCGUGUGCCCUGUCGUGUGGGAAGGACGACAGGCCGUCUGCCCGGGCCUUGUCACAUUGUCCCCCCCCCCCCCGCGGUGCUGGCGUUCCCGGCACACAGGCUGCGCCGCAGCCACGCCCCGACCCUGACGUGGAGCAGACGGACAGCUGCUUGACAGGUGUCCCUCGAGUGUGUCCACGGGGCCCGCCGGCCUGCAGAGCGUGUCUCUGGAUUGGCAGGGGGGGCGGGGGGGGGACAGGGCGGGCGCUGCCGGGCUCUUCCCCGGAGCACGCCUCCGGCUCGCGGGAGCCUGCUUGGGGACAGGGCACCGCCUCCGCCUGCGCGGGGUUCGCAGCCUCCCCGGGGGGCCGUCCUGCUUCACUCCGCCUGCCCCCCGGCUCCCCCGGCGUCUGCCCAGACCCCUCCUCCCUCGGUCUUUUCUACGGCGGCCUUCCGCGGCCCCCACCCCCACCCUUCCCCAAAGGUAAAUUUUACAUUUUCACAACAGGUUUUUGCACAUGUGCAUUUAUCGCUAAAUGUCCGUAGAUGCGAGCCACGCCCCUUCCGCGAACUGUAUUUGGGAUCUUGUGUGCUCUGUUUUCGCGGGUUGUUACUAAAGACCGCUUGGUGGCCCUGCGCCGGCCUGGCCUCGCGCAGCCGCUCCUGCUGCUGGUGGGCCCCGGGCAGGGUGGGGUGCGCGUGUCCGUUUCCUUUGUCGAAUGUCUUCCGUACCACGGUGUCCAUAGCUAUGAUCCGUCCCUUGGCCUUAACUUUGGAAUCUGGAGAUUAUAUGCAAACGUGUGUAAAGGCUUAUGAAUAUGGAUGACACUGGAAUUUUAUAAAUUCUAAAAUAAAACCCGGAAUCGGA